AUGGCCGACGAUAACGAAAAGAGAACCCCGUCUCCGGGCUCCUCGUCAAAGCCGGGAGUCCAUCACGGCGAGUCCCCGGCUAACCCGAACUCCGUCGUCGCGGAGACCGGGGCGACACGCGACCCGGCAGAUAACAACGAGGCUCCUUUUCAAUUUGACGCCAAGGCUGAGGCCAGGCUCUGCCGGAAGAUAGAUUUGUACAUCGUUCCGACUGUCGCGCUGCUCUAUCUCUUUUGCUUCAUCGACCGCGCCAACAUCGGAAAUGCCAAAAUCGCCGGCCUCGAAAAGGAGCUCGGCCUCCAGGGCUACGACUACAAUGCCCUCCUCUCCAUCUUCUACAUCUCCUACAUCGUGUUUGAGAUCCCGUCCAACAUCAUGUGCAAGUGGAUUGGCCCAGGCUGGUACAUCCCCGCCAUCUCGCUCGCCUUCGGCAUCAUCUCGCUCGCGACAGCGUUUGUGCACAAUUUCUCGCAGGCGGCUGGUGUUCGGUUUCUGCUGGGGGUGUUCGAGGCGGGCAUGUUGCCGGGGAUCGCGUAUUACAUGUCGCGUUGGUAUCGUAGGGCCGAAUUGACGUUCCGGCUGUCGUUGUAUAUCGUGAUGGCGCCUCUGGCGGGUGCGUUUGGUGGGCUGUUGGCCUCGGGGAUCUUGAGUCUCGAUCAUGUGGGCGGUGUGACCGGGUGGAGGAUGAUUUUUGUCGUGGAGGGUAUUAUCACCAUUGGUCUAUCCGUCAUCGGCUUUCUCACCCUGACCGACCGCCCUGCCACAGCCCGCUGGCUCUCCCCAGCCGAAAAAGAACUCGCCACAGCCCGCAUCGCCUCCGAGCGCAUCACCACCACGGCCGUCCUCGACCGUAUGGACACCACCAAACUCAUCCGCGGCAUCACCAGCCCCGUCACCAUGUCUACCUCCCUCCUCUUCCUUCUCAACAACAUCACCGUCCAAGGGCUCGCCUUCUUCGCCCCGACCAUCGUCCGCACCAUCUACCCGGACAAAUCCACCGUCAUGCAACAACUGUACACCGUGCCGCCUUACGUCGUCGGGGCGUUCUUCACUGUUGUGCUGCCGCUGAUUAGCUGGAAGUUGGAUAAAAGGCAGAUUGUGAUUGUGUUGACUGCGCCGUUGGUGAUUGUGGGGUAUAGUAUGUUUUUGGGCACGACGGAUGCGUCGGCGAGGUAUGGCGCGACUUUUCUGUUGACGAGCUCGUUGUUUGCUGUGGGGCCGUUGUCGAAUGCGCAGGUGAGCGCGAAUGUGGUUUCGGAUACUGCGAGGACGAGUGCCAUUGGGUUGAAUGUCAUGUUGGGCAACAUCGGUGGCCUCAUCGCAACCUGGAGUUAUCUCCCCUGGGACGAACCCAACUACCACAUCGGCAACGGCCUCAACCUAGCCGCCUGCUGCGCUGUGCUGCUUCUCUCCGUUGCCACGCUGGUGUGGAUGCCCUGGGACAAUGCGAGGCGUGACAAGGCUGGGGUACCGGAGAGCAGCACUGGCAAUCCUGAAGGGGGGCAAACGGGAGUUGCGGGGUUGGAGGGGUUGUCGAGGGAAGAGGUGGAGGGGUUGGAUUGGAAACAUCCUGCUUUUCGGUGGAAGCCGUGA